UAGUUUUUGACGUUUUUAGCUUGGGAGGCGCCAGCAAAAAAAAAAAAAAAAAAUUGGGACAAGGGCCCUCACCGCACUUUCAAAAAGAAAAAAUAGGGUAAAAGUUUGAUUUUUCUUCUUUUUUUUUUUCUUUAACACUAAAAAAGAUGGUUAAACUCGAGGAAGUCUCUGCUGAUCAAUACGAACAAGUUGAAGUUUUCAGCGAAGAAGAAGACGAUUACUCUGAUUUCUCUGAUGAGGAUGAUUUUGAUGACGAGGAUGAGUCUCUUUUGGACAGAAUUGCUGCUUUAAAGGAUAUUAUUCCUCUCAAACACAGAAACAGAAUGUCAAACAGUGUCUCCACCUUAAGUUCUUGGGGAAAGACUGGAGCUACUUUUGUUGGUAAGAGUGCUUGGGUUAUUACCACCUCCAUGUUCUUAUUGGUCUUGCCUUUGGCUUUGGAAAUCGAAAAAGAACAAGCUUUAGUCGCUUAUGAGAAGGAAGCUAUGCAACAACAAGGUACUCAACAAAUGUUAAACAGUGCUAAUCCUUAUGGUCAACCCGCUGGUCAACAACAACAACAACAACAACAAGUCAGAGCUCCUGGUUUCUAAAUAUACUCCAACUAUUGAUACAGCAAAAAAUUAUAUAUAUAUAGCCCAACUUUUUCCGCUUUUUAUUGUUUGUAUAUUUUUGAAAGAAGAGAAAUAAAAAUGCAGAACUAUUUGAAUUUGA